AUGAAUUCAUGUAAAAAUUGUGGUGAAAUAACGAAAUAUGAUUGUAUUUCAUGUGUUAAAUAUGUAUGUUUACGUCCGCAAUGCUCUGUUGCUGAACCAAACGAAUAUGUACCUGGUUGGCAAGAAUUCAAGAGUGUUUCCUACUGUAUGUUUUGUAAACCUGACCUCGAACCUGAUCACUUUGACCAGGAUUCAAGUAACAAAGAAAGUGAUUACAGAGAAUCUAAAUGUUCAAGCAGUUCUACGACCUCUACCCCACGAUCACUAAGCCCGUUUAGUUUAAAUGGAAAUGGCGAGUCAGGAACAGAAGGUGAAACAAGCGAUAGUGACUCUGAUAGUCAAUCGGGCAGGAGUGUCAAACCUAUCAAACCUAGAAGGAAAUCUGGCAGAAAAGCGAUGUGGCAGGAUAGUCAGAUCACGGAUAUGGUGGACAUGAUUGUAAACGACGAUGAGCUGGUACGUAAACUUGUAUUUACCAAUGUGAAAAAAAGAAAAAAUAGCGAUGCUUACCAAAAAAUUUUGCCUAAGUUAAACCAGAAAUAUCAGGAUGCAUUUGGAAAAGAUUUCCCCUUUACAGUGCAACAGAUGAGGAAUAAAUUCAAAUGGUGCAUAAGCACUUGCAAGAAAAUUUGUCUAACAAUCAAAUCAGCAUCAGGAGUUAAAUGUUUCUUUGAGAGCAAAGGAUAUGGGAACUGGUUUAAUGUACUGUAUCCCCUCGUUAAGACAAGGGACUCUUGUAAACCAGAAAAUGCCAUAGAACCUUCUGCUAAACUUGAUGAUGGUAAAGAGGGUGGGUCUGAGGAUUCUGCUAGCAAGGUUUAUGGAGACAAGGAAAUGUUUGUGCCUGUGAAAAAAAAUUCUGCUAAGCGACCAAAAACUGAUGUUAUCGCCAGCUCUCUUGAAUUAUUGCAAAGUACAAUUAAGAAUGAUCCAACUAAAGAAUUGCUGCAAAUUCUCAAAGAUGACAUGCAGCAUUCAAGAGAGCAAGAAAUGAAGCAGUUCGACUUGUUGUGUGGUUUGAUACGAUCGAACCAAUGCCAGCAGGUGCCAUUCACUAGUAAUCCUUAUAGUAAUGCACAAGGUAUACAUGCACAACAACAGUCACAUAUGCCAUUUCCUCAACAUAAUGUCCAAGGUGUCUACCCCCCACAACAAUCUCACAUCCAAUUUCCUCAACGCACUGCUCAAAGUGUCUACCACCCACAACAAUCACCAUUGCCAUUUUCUCAACUUGAUGCUGAUCAUGUUUACCCUCCGCAACAAUCACACUUGCCAUUUUCUCAACCCAAUGCUCAAAGUGUCUAUCCCUCACAGCAGUCACACAUAUUGUUUCCUCAACCAACUUCUCGAGGCACACAUACAUUCCAAACUGUUACUAGCUACAUCUGA